AUGCAAAACCUCUUUAGGCAAGAUAUGAAGGCUUUGUUUAUAAUAAAUUUAAUAUUGAGCGUAGUGUUAAUCACUCACGCUCGAAAUGUUGCGGAAACGAAAGAGGAAACAAGUCUAGAACCAAAGGCUUCAACUAUUGCUGAGACAACAUCGCCAGCCGCCGUUGACUUGUCGGCAGCCGGCACUGUUAAAGACCAAGCAAUAGCGGGAACUGAACAUAAGAAGGCGAAAGACAGUCAUCACGAACAAGGCGGUGGUCAUGAACAUCAUGCUGAUCAUCACGAAGAGCACGGUGAAAAGGGUGACAAAGGUUACAAAUCCCAUCACCACCACGAUAAAGGAGAACAUGGGAAACAUGCGAAACAUCACCACGAAGGUCAUCAUGAAGAACAUGGAGGACAUAAAAAGAAACACCAUGAUGAACAUGACCACCAUGGUGAACAUCAUGAAGCAGCACAUGGGCAUAAGGGAGGCAAAUUUGGGCACAAAAAGGGGCAUAAGAAAGGUUCAAAAACGACUGGCUUCCACCACAAAUCACAUAAAGAUGAAUACCAUAAGGAACAUAAGUUCUAUGAUGACUUUCAUAAGGGCGGUCACCAUCACAAGCAUGGCGAUUUCCACGGCCAUCAUGAUAAGAAAGGAGGCCACCACAAGAAGGGCGGCCACCAUGAAAAGGGCCACCAUGAAAAACAUCACGGGAAAAAAGGUCAACACGACAAAGGCCAUUACGACGAAGAUCACAAGGGACACAAGGGGCAUCAUGGUCACGAAGAACAUUUUGCUCAUCACCACGACCAUGGGAAAAAAGGUGGCCACGCCGGCGGCAAGGAACAUGGUUACAGCCAUGGAAAGAAAUCAUAA